CUGACCGCCGCCAUCAAACAUGUCGUCCGAUCACGUUUACGAGCUGCUCGCUCUCGAGAACCCGCUUCUCGACAUCCAAGGCCAAGGAGAUGAUGCACUCCUUGAGCAAUAUGGCCUCAAGGCUAAUGACGCCAUCCUCGCCGACAAGCAACACCUGACAUUGUACGAGGAGCUGAUCAAGAACCGCAAUGCGAAGCUGUUGGCAGGUGGAGCCGCUCAGAAUACUGCAAGAGGAGCACAGUACCUGCUCAAGCCCGAUUCCGUAGUCUUCUUCGGCUGCGUCGGCAACGACAAAUACGCCGAAAUUCUCCAGGACGCCAACAAGCAGGCCGGUCUCGCUGUUCGCUACCGAUAUGACGAAAAGGAGCCAACUGGACGUUGUGGUGUCAUCAUCACCGGCCACAACCGAAGCAUGGUCACCGAUCUUGCCGCAGCGAAUGCCUACAAGAUUGAGCAUUUGGAGGAGAACUGGGGUGUCGCAGAAAAAGCAAAAGCCUACUUCGUGGGUGGAUACCAUCUGACAGUCUGCGUCCCAGCUGUCCUGAAGCUUGGCGAGGAAGCUGCGAAGUCGAACAAGCCGUUCAUUCUGUCGCUCUCGGCGCCGUUCAUCUGCCAGUUCUUCAAAGAACCUCUGGACCAAACGGCUCCAUACUGGGAUUACGUUGUUGGAAAUGAGACCGAAGCCAUGGCCUAUGCUGACUCGCACGAUCUGAACACUCACGAUAUUCCAACCAUUGCCAAGGCACUCGCCAACCUGCCAAAGAAGAACACUCAGCGAAAGCGAGUGGCCAUUAUCACUCAGGGAACAGGACCUACCGUUGUUGCGGUGCAGGACGAGGGUGAUGCCAAGAGCUACCCGGUACAUCCGAUUGACAAGAGUGAGAUUGUUGAUACCACAGGCGCUGGCGAUGCCUUUGCUGGUGGUUUCGUUGCUGGCAUCGUCAAGGGCGAGAAGCUCGACACAUGCGUUGACAUGGGCCAGUGGCUUGCCGCGUUGAGCCUGCGCGAGCUGGGACCUGCAUACCCAUACCCUAAGCAGACAUACGGUGCUUAGAUGUGCCAACUAAGAUUGAGCCUUUGGGGGGAAGUAGGCCUGGCGUUUCAACAACUUUCAACAAUUUCUGUCGCAUUAGUGAUACCCAUACCUCCCAUCCUCCACGAUGUGAGAUGCUUAAAAGUCUGGCAGGAUUGCACCAUGGGCGUGCAAUUGGCAAAGUAGUGCACACCGUAGUGCGCGAGUCGUUCAUAGUCAUAUAGACACUGCCACUAGAGGUGUCGAUCGCGUCCAGUUGAUCCCGCGUGCAAUAGAUGGG